AUGGCAGACAAAUACAUCCUCAAGGUCACAGCCGGCCCCAACUACUCAGACCAAACGCAAAUCUCCCCCAACAGCGAACAACCCACCCGAAUCACCUCACCUCAACUCACAACCUCUCUCCGCCUCCGCAUCCAAAACUACCGCGGCCUCCCCCAAGGCAGCCCCUCAACCUCCCCAUACUUCUCCCACGAAACCCACAAACAUGACCUCUACUCCCUCGCCUUCACCUUCACCCCCAAGGAAAACAUCAACGGCCACGACCUCGUCCUCGGCAACGACUUCGACCACCCCAUCCGCGACAAGCUCCCCCCGGGCUUCAACCAAGCCUUCAAGAUCGCCACCUGGUUCGUCGAUCCGGGGCUGUAUGGCGACGUGCAGGCGGAUGAGCCGUAUUUGUAUAGUCCGUUGUUGAGCUCGAUUAACAAGUUCCGCGUGGGGCCGAAGGAUGAUAAAGAGCAGGAGAAGGUUGAGGAGGUGAGGGCGAAUGAGGAGGUGGUGGUGAUUGAGGAGGGGGCGGAUGGGGAUGGGGAGGAGGUGAGGGAGAAGGUGGGAAUGCCGGUGGAUUCGGCGGCGAGGCAGAAGUUCUUUUUGACGGAGUCGCAUUUGAGGGAGUUUACGUUUGAGAAGGGGAGGGAGUAUUCGAAUGAUUUCUUUAAUCCGUAUUUGGAUUUCAACGACUUCGCCCUCCGCCUCCCAGGAUUCAGCCUAAUACCUGGCAUCACAAUCCCCAUCAUCAGCUACUGGGACGGCCAACCACUCCGUGCUCAUUCGCUCAGAUACGUACUCAAAAACCGAGCUACGGACGAGCCACUUUUCGUCGUCAUCUUCUCACUACUACCCAAGGAUGGUGAGGCGAAGGCGGAAGAUGCGAAAUCGGAGCCUGCGAAGGAGGGUUCGGGGGGUGAUGAUGAUAUUGACUAG